GCUCGUUGCUAAAGGCGGUGUCACACUAGCACUUUUUCCGUCGAUUAAUGCGAUUUCCGUCGAUUUUUCAUCGUUCCGCAUGAACUUAUCGCAUGAAUUUGUCAGACGAUCAGGAUCGUUUCCGCCUGCAAAUUUCCGCCUUUGUUUACAUUUCCAAGACCAAGACCGAGACUUUCCGAGCCUAGAGACAGACUGGGUGAAGAGCGAGAGAGGAGUGAGGCAGGGUUGCAUUCUGUCACCAACAUUAUUUAGCCUGUAUACAGAGGAGCUGGCAGUUAGGAUGAGAAGAAUGAAUGCGGGAGUGAAAGUUGGAGAGGACAAGUUGUGUGUGUUGUUGUAUGCGGACGAUGUUGUGAUUUUGAGUGACUCUGCGGGAGACUUACAAAGAAUGUUAGAUGUGGUAGGGGGCUAUGGAAGAGAUUUUGGUGUUAGAUUUAGUAGUGAGAAGAGCAAGAUUAUGAUAGUCAAUAGGUCAGAGGAUGAGAGAGAAACAACUUGGAGACUGGAAGGGAAUGAGUUGGAACAGACCGAAGAAUACAAGUACCUAGGGGUGUGGAUGGAGGUAAAUGGAUGCGGCAGGGCCAAGAAUGUAAAGAUAAGUUUGACAAACCAGUGGGUAGGCCGUUUAGGGAGUGCAGCGAGGAUGAGAGCGAGCAAGUAUGAUGUCAUCCGUGAGGUUUGGAAGAGUGUGGCUGUCCCGAGCAUUAUGUAUGGAAUGGAUGUGAUGACAUGGAAUGAGAGUGAGAUACAAAAAUUGGAGGUGGGGCAGAAUAGGGUAGCAAGAAUGGCACUGAAUGCACCAAGGUUUGCAGCAGUAGAGGCUCUUAGGGGUGACAUGGGAUGGAGCACGUUUAGGGAAAGACUAAUAAAGGCAACCUUGAGAUAUAAAGUGAGACUGGAACAAAUGGAGGAUGCAAGAUUAGCAAGAAAAGUAUACUUGUGGAAUAUAAGAGAUGGCAAAUGGGCGAAUAAAUGUGGGCGAAUGAUAGACAGGAAUGUUAUGCUAAGUAGGUGGGUGUACCGACCCUUUGAGGAUAGGCAAAAUGUGUUUGAAUGGAGAGUAACAAACAGAAAUGGAGAGGGGUUUGAGUGGGAUGUAAGAAAGUGGAAGAAUGUGAUAGAUAUGGCAGUUAAAGAUGAGGGAUUGAGCAAGUGGAAGAAUGAGAUGGAAAGAAAGGAAACUCUCGACUGGUAUAGGGAGAAAGAGGCCCCAAAGUGUGAGGUGUGGUAUGAGGGAAGCCUGGGAGGUGAUCUUCUUUUCCGUGCUAGAGCGCAGUGUCUGGAUGUGAAUGCAAGGAACUAUAGAUGGUCUGAGUCCCGCAGCAAAGUGUGCCAGAUGUGUGACAGGGGUGUGGACGAGACUGUGCAGCAUGUAGUGCUGGAAUGCAAGAAGUAUGACAGGGAGAGAACGAAGAUGAUGCAUGUGUUUUUGAGCGAGAUGGGACGUGAUGUAAACGGGAGGACUGGAAGGGAGUGGAUGGUGCUGCUGCUGGGGCUCAGUGGAGAGACGAGUGGACGAGUGAUUGAGGCAGUGAAAGAGUUCUUGGAGGGCAUGUGGCGUGAAAGAUAUAGGGAAUGAUAUCUUGCCCCGAGAACAUAGACUUUCCGCAUGUUUUUUGUUUUCUUUUCACAGGAGCUGCCGAUACAAAGGCCUGGCUGGGGAGAAAUCCCGAGCCACCUGUGACAUCAAGAUCAAGAUCAAGUGGCUUCAACCUGUCUCAAACGCUCUCCUGCAGUGACAGCCUUCCUCAUCCUGGUGUCAUUUCUGGCAAUAAGAGGUGUCACUAACUCCAGAAGUCUGUGGUACUGGCUUUUGUCCAACCUGAUCCAAUUCUUCAGAGUCUCAUGAUCCUCUAAACUCAGCUCUUUUAACAGCCUGUGGUACACACUUUCUCUUUCCCGACGAGCCAACCAUGAGCGCAUCCAUGCACGCUUUUUGGCUUGUUUAGCUCGUCUAAGUCUCACAAUACACAGUAUUAGGUUCAGAGCAGCGUAUCUUUGCCGCAGCGUGGACUCCAUGUUUGUUUACAUUCCUUGGUCUGUGCCGACGGAAAGUUUCAGACGAAACACAGUUUGUGUGUGACAGGCUGCAGCCAAGAUAUCGACGAUUUUCAGAAAAACGACGGAAAAAGUUGACGGAAAAAGUGCUAGUGUGACACCGCCUUAAGGACGCCUCCGUGCAAAACGUAAACAUCCGACAUGAAUUAAGUAUAUAUUUCAAAAGAAAAAUAAAGAAAAGAUGUAUAAAUGUACAACAGAAACAUAAUAAAUGGCAAACACAAGAAAAUACUGAGUUUUGUGGCGGAUAGAAGCAGCCUCAAAGGCUGUUUUUACUCCGUCACUCGUCAAUGCCCGUAUCUCCCCGCCUGCGUCACGACUUGCUCUGCUGAAAUUACCGCACCAUAACCACGUCAUCUGCCCCAAUGAUCUACGGGCCGGAGAACCAGCGCAGAAAAGGAGUAAGUUUAAUUGGUCGCCAGAUGAAACGGUCUUCUUACAUCAAAUUCAAGAAAAAAUACGUAUAAUCAGAGGGUGUUAUGGGAAGAGUAUCACCCCUGAGGAUAAGAAGAGAGCGUGGACUGAAGUGGCAGAAGCUGUAACAAGUGCCUUCCCUGGGAGUGGACCCCGUACGCAGGAUGACUGUGAGAGGCGUUGGUACAACAUACAACAAAAAUCAAAGCCUUGCAUUGCCAAGUGCAAGAAUGAGCAGCAGCAGACUGGUAAUUUUUUUUAGUUGUUAUGUCUUUAAAUGUAAAACUUAUAUUAGUUAGUUUUUUAUGUGCUCACAGAAUGCAGCUAUACUGGCCACAAUGCCUUUAUUUCAGCUUAAAGUUAAUAAGUUCAUAGCAGUGAACUGCAUAUUUGAUAUAGAAAUUUUUUUAAUGUUCAUCUGUCAAUGACUAUCAAUCUAUCUAAAUACCUUGGUUGUCUUCCCCCAGUGAAGGGUUUUAGCCAAGACAGGCACACACUCACACACUCACACUCAUGUACACCACUCUCUCAGCUGCACAGCCCCUGAGGGAGUAAAAAAGGCCCUCACUGUAUGGGGGAUUAGCUGCACAGUUCAGACAGGGAACUUCCACACCAAGGCCUCACAGCAUACACUGGUUUACCCCUGCCCCAUCAUAACAAUGACAUUUCCCCCAGCACCUGAGUGCCCCACACGUGUGGCACCACAGAUACGCAGGCGCCUGCCUAUAUAACUAUGACAUUAACUGUGGUAGAUAAACUGGUGUAUGACAUCAUAGGCUGCUCGUCUCAUGUAUUUGAAGGGGUACCAGAGCCAUUCAGCAUUGACAUGAUGUGCUAGGGAUAGGACAGCAGCAACAGUCAAGCAGCAGUGAAAUAUUGACUGGCCUGUAUGUUUAUGGCAAAAACUUUUAUAUUCUUAUUAAAACAAUUUAUUAAUUACCCUUAAAUUCAUA